AUGGAAGGUGAGCGCACAUGGACAUUAGCAUUAUUAAUAAGCACUCAGGUGAUCUAUCUCGCAUUCAUGGUCCUUGUCAGACCAUUCUCCUUAGUUUUUGAUAAUUGCUUGAAAAUAACAUGCGAGUCUUUCCUGUUCUUCAUCAUGGUGUACAUGAUUGGCAUGGAGAGCGAGUCAGAUUGGCCUGAAGGAGCAAUCAAGGGAUUCAUGGCAAUUUUAAUUAUUAAUGCAGCUGCCAUUAUGGGAAUUGUCAUCUGAUUCACAGUUUUACAUAUAAUUGGAUUAUUUAGUCAGAGUACAAUGGGGAGCGGUAAGGAUGAAAGACCAGAAUAUGAAACUGAUAGAAAGAUCAAUACCCCCUCAAGAGUUGAAGCCGCACACCCUGAAGUAGUUGUUGACAUUAAUCAAGAAGAUAAAAGCUUCUAAGAGAUGAAGUCAUGAUUAAAACGAUAUUAACUUUUCUUAAAAUUA